CAACCAUCAAUUAUAACCUGAUGAUUAGCUAUUAACACUACCAUUUUCUAAUUACUUUUACUGUUUGAUAUAGUUAACAAUUGCAAUUGACAACUACCUUCCAGAAGAUCGUGGAGUUAACAUACCCUAACCGCUGGGAAUAGCCAGAAUCUUAAAAAAAAUCUCCAGCACGUUCAAAGAAGACCUCAGAUAUCUGCUAUAGAAGCGCGCAUGUACUUGCGGUAAGAUCGAUAGUGUUGCUGUGGACCUGUUCACUUCUCUGUACCGAAUACGGAACACGAAUAAGAAGGAGAAGGAAAAGGGAGGAGACAGGGCAGAGAAGCGACGAUGUUCAUCCUCAGCAAGUUCUCGGAUCUGAUCCGGAUUGAACCAUCAAAGUUCUCGAAAAAGACCGAAGACGCUCUUGAGGACGAGAUUAAUGUCAAGUUUGCAAACAAGGUCGUUCAGGACGUGGGGUUGUGUCUGUGUCUGUAUGAUAUUUUGGAAGUUGGAGAUGGCCUUAUUCGGCAUGGCGACGGUUCUGCAUACAUCAAAACUGUGUUCCGGUUAGUAGUUUUCCGGCCGUUUAUAGGUGAAGUACUAGUCGGUUGGGUUUCCUCCUGCUCGGAAGAGGGUAUAAAAGUUCGCAUGGGCUUCUUCGACGACAUCUUCAUCCCAAAAGAAUACCUCUUCGAAUCCUGCAUCUUCAUCCCACGAGAACAAGCCUGGGUCUGGCGCGACGAGCACGAUCUCUACAUUGACACCAACGAGCGGAUCAGGUUUCGCGUCGAACAGGAGAUUUUCACAGAUCAAUCCCCUCGCGGGCCGAAAAAUACCGAGCCCGAGGGCGCGUCUUCGGCGGUCGCGCAGAACGGGGGAGCGGCGGCUGGUGCGACGAGUACAGAUGCAGCGGCGGCGGAGCAGCAGCAGCAGUUGCUACAGAAUGGAAGCUCACACACCGCUGUGCCUCCUUACUCGUUAAUAGCUUCUUGCCAGACGUAUGGAAUGGGUUUAGCUACUUGGUGGGAUUAGUAUGUGCAAUUUUUGGAUUGGGAAGAGAACCGUGUACGAUAUUUCAAUAUAGAGAGGGUAAUGAUGUAAAUCUGUG